UUUGGCGGUUUUAAAUUCAUAUCGGCAUCUGCGCAUGAGGCAGUGCGCACUAACCUCUAUUCAGCUCGACACACAAGUCGUCGUCGUCGGCCGAUCCUAGUGAUAAGAAGUUAAGCAAUAAGAAAAAAAAGAAAAAAUCGUAAAAGCCACGAAAAACGACAGUGUCAAUCAUAAUCGUUAUAAAAUAAUCAAAAUAUUAGAAAAAUAUAGAGAUAAUAAAUAAAAAAGUUCCUCACUUAGUAUACCGAGACGACGUGGCGGAGCUGACGAGGGUGCUUGUGAAUGUGCGAGAGCUUGUCUCCGCAGUGGUUGGUUGUAAAAGAUGGCCACGAAUAGCACCACUGAAUGUCAGUACUUUCAUGAAGACAUAGUCUACCGGGUAGAUAAAAAAGGCAAUGUCGAAUUUGGGAUUGUUAUGGAAAAUGAUGACCAAGAUAUGUCAGAGGAGAGUGAAGACAGCGAAGGUGGACCAAAAAGGAAGAAAGGCGAGAUCCGCGUGGUCUGGCAUCCUUCUGGCAUCAAGGAGCUCAUUAAUUCAAAGAAGGUUCAUUUGGCAGAUAGAUCUCUGAUGCCUGGAGACGUAGUUCGAAGAAUGAUCAAAGGAAAAGAUACUCAAAGGGGAUAUUGUCGUGACAUCGAGUUGACAGCUUGUGUUCAAGUAAUCGGGACAAAACAAGUCUUGACAAACAUCAAAAGUGAAGAUCUGACUCCAUUAGAAGAAUUCGGGGCUGACAUUGCAGUUUGUAUGGAUUCUUGGGUUGGAGCAAUAAGGAUGGUUCAUUUCAAGCUUUGGUUAGCCACUCCGGAUGGUUCUCGAUGUGUGAUUAAUGAAAUGGAUGCUCAGGGGCUUGCUCAUUUCGAAGAAAAACGUGAUCAUGACAAUGAUUUUCCUCAUUCUUCCGAGUUCUAUCCAGGUCAAUGUCUCUGGGGUCCAGUUCAGUGUUUAGAAGAUGCCGAAUGGAUUACGUGUACUAAAGAGAUGAUGGCUAAACGUAAAUUUAAACCACAAAAAAUAACAAAAGUGAUAGUACAAGAAAUUGAAGCAGAUUGGGUUGGAGUUCACUGGCAAUGUCGAGCUUAUAGCAAAGAUGGUGCUUGGUCAGAUCAAGCCCAGCCUAAAUUCUUGGUUGAAGGUUCAGAUUUGAAAAAACUUAAACUUCUAAAUGUUUUCGAACCUUCAACUUUACAAGUUGGUGAUCGAGAUUUUUAUGUUUAUAAAGGGACUGAAAAUGUGAUAACUCGAGAACAAUGGCGUAAACAACAACGAGAAUUAUUUCAAGUUCCUAAACCAAGUCCUAGAAAAUCACGAUCCAAUGUUAAACCUGAAGAAAAAGUAAAAAAAGAAAAGGAAAAAGAUGGUGAAAAAUCUCGUGAUUCGAGUACUCAAAAUGUGAAUGGCAAUAAUUUAGUACCACCAAGUCAAGCAACUAAUACUGAUAGCUCAGAUGAUUGGGAUACAGAAGAUACUGGAUCUCAAAGUGACAGUGCAUCAAUGUCCAGUGGAGGCUCUAGUAUGUCUUCAGUUGGAAAAAAAAAGAAAGGACCGGCUUUAAUGACUAAAGUAUUGAAGAAAAAAAAAUUAGUCAAAGCUAAAAGGAAAAUUCCACCACCUCCUUUAGUUGCUGGAUCAACUCUUGUCGUAGAAACAUUAUCAACAAAUACCAAAGCUAAUGUAGUCUGGCAGGAUGGAUCUGUAGAGUUGGGGAUUCCGUCAACACAAUUAUAUCCCAUUCAUCACUUAGAUGAUAAAGAAUUUUUCCCCGGAGACUUCGUUGUUGAUCAAAAAGAGGAGUCAAGAAUGUAUGGAGUAGUUCAAAGUGUAGAUCAUCAAGGAAGAACUGCUAAAAUAAAAUGGUUCAAGACGUAUACGUCUAGUCAAAGCCCUCAGCCUACAUUAUUAGAAGAACGAGAAGUUUCAGUAUAUGAUUUGAAGGAUCAUCCUGAUUUCCAAUAUCGCCCAGGAACAUUAGUGAUUCGGAUUGCUAAUUUCGAAGGAGAAGAUUCUGGUUGCACUGCUGGACAAGUACUAGAUAACUAUCCAGAAGGUAGAGUGAAAGUUUGGUGGGUUGAUGGUCAUAUAAGUAUGUGUUGGCCCCAAGAUUUAUAUAAAGUUGGUGAAUAUGAUAGUGAUGAAGGAGAAUUGUGGGAUGAAGUGUCAUCAGAUGCAUCGUGGGAAACUGAAUUAGAAGACUGUUUUAUUGCUGAUAAUGAUGGGAGUGAACAAACCGAAAAUAUUAAGCCAAAGCUUGCUGCUCAUAUUGAAAGAGCUAGAAUAGCAAUGUCAAGAUUAGAAGAAAUUUUUACUCAAAAUCCAUCUCUACAAACUACCGAAGUGAUGCGGAAACUUCUAGAAGUCUAUAAAGACUGUAGGUAUAUGGAUAAAUUAAUGGGAACGUCUUUUUUCCAUGAGAGCAAUUUCCAAGGACUUCUAGAACGUGUGAGAGAACGAGGAAGAGCUAAUGUAGCUCAAAGAAUGGCUGAUCAAGUUAAUAGAUUAUUUACUCAUCAAUCAGGUGGCUCAGAAUCUGGUGAAGAAGUCGCAGACAAUACUAAUAUUCAAACUGCUGUUGGAACGCUAGAAAAAAUUGCGACAAAGAUUUCAGAUACGGUCGAAUCUGCUGAAAGUAAUCCCGUUGAAAAAGUGAAGGUGAAAAAAGAAGAAAAUCUUUUCAUUAAUGUCAAUCCUCACCCCGAAGAUUCAGGAUUGUUUUCUGCUGAAAAUUCUAAAAAAGAAUCUGGCUCUAGUGAAUCUAGUGGUGAAUUUCCACUGUCAGAUGAUGCAAAUCCCGAUCGUUUAUUUACAAUAGAAAGCCUCGAACAUGAUAAUGUCAAUAAGAAAUCUCAAGAAGUAUUUUCCAAUUCCCAUGUAGCCAACUCUCAUGUCUGUGUGAAAUUAUGUACUUUAAUGAAAGCUCAAUUAUUGUUAGCUCAUGCUGAAGUGUCUAAAAGAUAUGGACUAGCACGUAUGUCAUUGUCAGAUGCAGCGAAAAAUGGAUCUCCAAUGAAAAAGAAGAAAGAGGAGGAAAAACGUGUUGAACCUCUUCUCGACUCUUCAUCCGAGAGUAAUAUAGAAAUUCCUCCACCUGUUUAUAAUGAUGGAGAAGGUUUUUCAAUAGAAGAAAGUGCACCUGAUAAUCACAAAUUCAAGUUAACUAUGUUCCAACCUACUGAUCCUGCUAAUUUCUUUAGAACAGUUUCUAAAGAAUUAAAACUACUUCGAAGUUCUUUACCACCAGGAGUAUGGGUGAAAGGUUACGAAGACAGGAUAGAUUUAUACUCUGUGAUGUUUUGUGGUCCAGAAAAAACUCCUUACGAAGAUGGAUUGUUUUUAUUCGACUUCCAAUUGUCUGCAGAUUAUCCUGCUGCUCCGCCAUUAUGUCAUUACAUUUCUUAUUGUAGUGAUAGGUUGAAUCCUAAUCUCUAUGAAGAUGGUAAAGUCUGUGUGAGUCUUUUAGGUACUUGGUCAGGACGAGGUACUGAAGUGUGGACAAGUUCUUCAACAUUACUACAAGUUAUUGUCUCAAUCCAAGGUCUUAUUCUCGUUGCUGAACCGUAUUUUAAUGAGGCAGGAUUUGAAAAGCAAAAAGGAUCUCAGCAAGGAAGAGAAAAUUCACGCAUGUAUAAUGAAAUGGUUGUUUUAAAGCUUGUUCAAGCUCAGACUAAACUUCUUCAAUAUCCACCAUCAGUAUUUAAAGACGCAAUUAUUAGGCACUUCAAAAAGAAUGCGCAAAAAUUAUUAACAAGACUUGAUAUGUGGAUGGAAAUAUCGGAAAUACAUAAUAAUCAACAUCCUUUGUCACCAUUAUCUCCAACAUCAUUUAAAGACUUUGCACAAAUUGAUAAAAAACUUCUGCCAGAGUUUCCUCUAGUUCCUGCAUCACGAGGCUUCUGUAUAACUUUAAGGAAAACUCUAGCAACAUUCAAGCAAGUUCUCAUCAAAGAAGGAAUUCUGGAAGGACUACAAUUUUCAGAAAGUGUAUCAGAGAGCAAUAUUAAAUCUCCAGACUCAAAGGGUGAGACUUCAAAGGAUUUAGAGUUGAAAGAAAAUUUUAUCAAUUCAUCUCACACAGAAAUUUAUCAUGAUUCAACGAGUCAUGAGUUAGUUAAUGCAAGCGAAACGAAAAAUAAUAUUGUUGAGAAGAAUUCCAGCUAGCCACAAGGUAAAUUUAAACGUUUAGCUUAUAAAAAUCAUGCGGCUAUUCGGUAAUAAUUAAAAUAACUAACAUAAUACAUAAGUAGAACAAAUGAGAGAGAACAAAAAAAAAACGUAACUUCUUGCAUUAAUUAUUCAAUAAAAUAAAAAAUUGUAAAAUUAUCGGACUUUACUGACAAAAAAAAACUAAAAAAGCUCUCUUGCUUUUUCUCUCCCUUUUUCUUUUCUGCUCUCUUUCUUUCUUCCUCUGAUUCAUAUACACAUAACUCUAGUUAGGCCGUAAAAUUUUAAUUACGUAGUAUAAAUAGAUAAUAAUUUAUGAAGAACAAAAUAUUGAUAAUAAUUAUUAAUUAUUAAUAAGAAAAUACUCAACCAUCUUCAAAUAGAUAGAGAGUUCGUGCACACGUAGCACUAGUCUACGAUUAAACAUGAAAAAAAAAUCGCUAAGCUUUUUAGAUAUUGAUACUUCAACUAGGGAAUAUUAAUUAUUAAUCAUAAACAACAAAUUAUAAUAAAUGAUGAUAAAAGUUACAAUGUAAUAGAAUUUUGUGUUCUGAAGAGAAAGAGGGAGAGAGAGAGAGAGAGAGAGGAAAGUGGGAAAAAUAAAUAAUCUCUUUAGCAAUACGUUUGAGUCCAGUGGCUCAAAUAUUUCUCGUGAUAAGUUUUAGCAAGGAAAUGAAUUAACCAAAAAAUAGAAAAAAGAGGUAUUAUUAAAACACUAAAAGGCAUAUUUGCAAUAAUAAAUAAAUAAAUAAAAACUGUAGUAGGCUGAAUCUCUUUAACUAUUUUUUAUUUUUUCGAGUUGAAGAGAUAAAUUUACAAAAAUAACACCGUUAAAAACACCGAAGUCAUUAUAUGCCAUCCAAUAAGAAACAUAUUUAUUAAAAAUUUAUUCCAAGUGGAGUUUCUAGGGUGCGUAGGGCAUAGCUUUAGACAAAUAAAUUAUUAUACGCGAGUAUACGUAAAUAUGUUUAUAAAACGUUAAAAAAUUGAAUUUUAAUUAAUCGCGUCAGAGAAAUAAUUAUGAAAAAUAAUGUUGAAUUUUUUCAA